GGUGGAUAAUCCAUCGCUUGGUGCUUCCUUCCUCGGCCGGUAGUGGCAGUACGGCAAUUUGAGCCCCAACUGAUGGUCACACUCUCUCUCCUACUUGAAUUGCAUCUACCUGAACUCUCUCUCUCUCUACAGAAGGCAAAAACACCAAACCCAUCAGUCCCCAUCUGUUUCCUCCCCGAUUGCAACCAUCUGCUUUGUAGCUUCUUCUUCCUCUUCCAUUUCCAGUCUCGUAUCAUCUUUCGGGUGUGAAAUCUCCCGAUCUCAUGGUGACCUGAGCGAGUCCAGCUCCGGCUAGGGAGAGAAAUGUAGGGCCAAGAACGGCGGCACAAAUCCCCCCAACAUCCGUGCUGUACCAAAAAUCCAAUCUUUUCCACCCAUUCCCCUGCCAUAAAGUUUGGAUUUUGGAAGCUUUUCGACGUGCGAGGUUUCUGUUAUUAAUCUCCAGAGCCGGUUCGUCUGCACAAACUCUUCGGUUCGCAUUGCUUCAAAGAUUCACUCCCCCAGCAGCCAGCAGGCGUUCUUGGGAGAUGAAAAGCCUGCAGUGCUUCAAGCAGAGCAGUGGCGGCGGCAAUGGCGGGCAUGGGAAGCGGCUGGAGCGGCGGCUGUCUCUGGGAGACUACAGGAGGGCGGUGUCGUGGUCCAAGUACCUGGUGGCCCCGCCGGGCGCCAGGAUCCGCGGCGGCGGCGAGGAGCUGUGGAGCGCCGAUCUGUCCAAACUAGUGAUCCGGGGCAAGUUCGCCUCGGGCCGGCACAGCCGCGUGUACUCCGGCAGGUAUGCCGGCCGCGAGGUGGCCAUCAAGAUGGUCAGCCAGCCCGAGGAGGACGCCGCCCUCGCCGCGGAGCUCGAGCGCCAGUUCGCCUCCGAGGUCGCGCUCCUCCUCCGCCUCCGCCACCCCAACAUCAUCUCGUUUGUUGCAGCAUGUAAGAAACCACCAGUAUUCUGUAUCAUCACCGAGUUCAUGGCAGGGGGUUCCCUUAGGAAAUAUCUACAUCAGCAAGAGCCUCAUUCAGUUCCCAUUGAACUAGUGCUGAAAUUAGCUUUAGAUAUCGCUCGUGGGCUGAGCUACCUACACUCGCAGGGUAUACUUCAUAGAGACCUGAAAUCAGAGAAUAUACUUCUCGGGGAAGAUAUGUCAGUUAAAGUGGCAGACUUUGGGAUUUCAUGCUUAGAAUCACAGUGUGGAAGUGGUAAGGGAUUUACAGGUACCUAUAGGUGGAUGGCUCCAGAAAUGAUCAAAGAGAAACAUCAUACUAGGAAAGUUGAUGUGUACAGCUUCGGAAUCGUCAUGUGGGAGAUAUUGACAUCUUUGGUUCCAUUCAGCGAGAUGACUCCUGAGCAGGCUGCUGUUGCUGUUGCCCUGAAGAAUGCUAGGCCACCACUGCCUGCUUCAUGCCCUGUGGCAAUAAGCCAUCUGAUAACGCAGUGCUGGGCAACCAACCCAGACAGAAGACCUCAGUUUGACGACAUCGUUGCGAUCCUUGAGAGCUACAAAGAAGCUCUAGAUGAGGACCCAUCGUUCUUCUUGUCAUACAUACCGCCUCCACUGCACCACCACCACCACCAUCAGCAUCAGCAGAGCCUUCUCCGGUGCUUCCCUCGCUGCAUAACCUUGCGACGGUCUGCAUCUUUGAAAGCAUGAGGCCGGGAUAUGGCCUUUGUUCAUUGAUGCCGUGUACAAUAUGCACCUCCUUGUGACUUCUUUUUUCUAUGCGCCGGCCCUCUAUUAUGUGGUAUUAGCAUGCUAUGAUUUAGUUUUUUUUGUUGGUAAAUCAUUUCCGUCAUUGAUGCCUUGAGUAUGCCUUGAGUAUGCAGUCAGGCAGGCAGGUUCCGGUUAUUAUCUAUGGAUGCCAUUUGCUUUGAGUGACGGAAACAUGAAAGAGCCUCAGUAAUUGUAAUAUAAUUUAGCACUUGAAUUGUGUUUGUGCUUCCUCGCUUUCAGUUAUUACCAUACUCAUUUCCAUAGACAUGAGGAUGUAAAUUUUUACAUAUGCAGGCAGUAGAGUGAGAUUUGAAUCGA